UCUAUGAGAGUAGUUCAAAUAAGAAUCCUCGGGCGUUAUUUGCAUAGAGCUGGGGCUUCCGAGGGGAAGCCAAAAGCAUCCUAGAGGGCGUCUCGUUUGCAUAGAGCAGACACCACUUCCUCUCUCCUCCUUCCGCCUUCUUUCAUGACUCUGCCUUCCUUCGUUCUGCGGCUUCCCGUGCUUCCAGAGUCGGUGCCCAGAUGCUUCCGAAACGACGGCGAGUGCGAGCUGGGUCCCCACACAGCGCGGUAGCCUCUUCCACGCCGCCCUCGUUGCGCUUCCCGGGUGUGGCCAUCUACCUUGCGGAGCCGCGAAUGGGCCGCAGCCGCCGGGCCUUCCUCACGCGCCUGGCGCGGUCCAAAGGCUUCCACAUCCUAGAUGCUUACAGCUCAAAGGUGACACAUGUGGUGAUGGAAGGGACCUCAGCCAAGGAGGCCAUCUGCUGGCAGAAGAACAUGGAUGCUCUCCCCGCAGGCUGCCCACAGCCAGCUCUGCUAGAUAUUAGCUGGUUUACAGAAAGCAUGGCAGCUGGGCAGCCUGUCCCCGAGGAGGACAGGCACCACCUGGAGGUAGCUGAGCCCAGGAAGGAGCCCCCAGUCUCAGCGUCGAUGCCAGCUUAUGCCUGUCAGCGCCCCUCACCUCUCACACACCAUAACACUGUCCUCUCAGAGGCUCUGGAGACGCUAGCAGAGGCAGCGGGCUUUGAAGCCAACGAGGGCCGUCUUCUCUCCUUCUCCAGAGCGGCCUCGGUACUCAAGUCCUUGCCCUGCCCUGUUACAUCUUUGAGCCAGCUGCACGGGCUGCCCUACUUUGGAGAACAUUCCUCUAGAGUAAUCCAGGAGCUGCUGGAGCAUGGGACAUGUGAAGAAGUGAAACAAGUCCGUUGCUCAGAAAGGUACCAGACCAUGAAGCUCUUCACCCAGGUCUUCGGGGUUGGGGUCAAGACUGCCAACCGGUGGUACCAGGAAGGACUACGAACCCUGGAUGAGCUCAGAGAGCAGCCCCAGAGACUGACGCAGCAGCAGAAAGCAGGCCUCCAAUAUUACCAGGACCUGAGCACUCCAGUUAGGCGAGCUGAUGCUGAGGCUCUGCAGCAGUUGGUAGAGGCAGCUGUGAGACAGACCCUGCCUGGAGCCACUGUCACAUUGACUGGCGGUUUCCGAAGGGGAAAGUUGCAAGGCCAUGAUGUAGACUUCCUUAUCACCCACCCAGAGGAGGGCCAAGAAGUAGGGCUGCUGCCCAAAGUGAUGAGCUGCCUACAGAGCCAGGGACUCGUCCUGUAUCACCAGUACCACCGCAGUCAUUUAGCAGACUCAGCCCACAACCUGCAGCAGCGGAGCUCCACAAUGGAUGCUUUUGAGAGGAGUUUCUGCAUCUUGGGUUUGCCACAACCCCAACAGGCAGCUCUAGCGGGGGCCCUGCCUCCCUGCCCAACUUGGAAAGCUGUGAGGGUAGAUCUUGUGGUCACGCCCAACAGCCAGUUCCCCUUUGCCCUUCUGGGCUGGACUGGCUCCCAGUUCUUUGAGCGGGAGCUACGGCGGUUCAGCCGUCAAGAGAAAGGGCUGUGGCUUAACAGCCAUGGGCUGUUUGAUCCUGAGCAGAAGAGGGUUUUCCAUGCAACUUCUGAGGAAGAUGUUUUCAGACUCCUGGGCCUCAAGUACCUUCCUCCAGAGCAGAGAAAUGCCUGAACUGAGAAAUGCCUGUGGGCUGCCACACCCAUCCAUUCAAAAAUGAGGGGCUGCCUCUUGCUUGGCCAGGAGUGUUUCCAGACAGGAGCACUGCCACCCCAUGGCCUCAUCUGUGCAAAUGGAGUUUUCACUUCCUGGGACAUUAGUAGAGUGUGACCCCAAGUCAACUCAGCUUUCAGCCUCCACACACCUCGCAGUCAGGGGCUUUUAGCAGUUCAUACAUCAUGGACCUAUGGCAGAGCCUGAGUCUUGGUUCUGGGCCAGCUGUGGUUGCAGUGUCUGCUGCAGAGUACCCCGUCCUGUGUGCCAGAAAAGAGAUACCUAUGUUCCCGCCCUGGGCUUGGUAUGGGAAGUGUCAUUCUGGCAGUGAGGUGUUGUGCAGAAGUAAGAUGCCUGAGUGCCUGCUGCAGUAGGAGGCGGCCCAGGACAGCAACCUCCAGUGCUGGUGCUGUUGGCACCACCACCCGAAGACCUGGGUACCUGUACCAGACUUCAUAAGCAGCACAUCUCCAGAAUCGGCCCCACAUGUGUCCUCUCUCUGUAGCUACCAGCCUCGGCCGAGCCAGGCCUGCCUACCCACAAGCUCCUGUGCAGCCCCAGCCCCUGCAGUGCCUUCUGGGAAGGCUGGUUUCCUAGCACAGAGACUGUAGCUCAGCCUGGCAGCAGUACUGAAGCUCAGCAGCAUCAGCGGGCA